AUGAAAACCUCCCCGGUGUCUAAUGAACAACUGAUUAACAUUCGCGCUUCUGACGGCGAGUAUCAUUUGGCGUUGUUGACGAGCGAGGGCAACAUCCAGGAUUAUCAGCCCGGUGCAAUCUGGUCUGCCCAGAUCGACUCAAUCAACUAUUUGUCGGCAAAGUCAGGUGGUUUGCGGCCCGUUGUUUGGGUAAAUGGCUUGCGCAAGGUUGGUGAUUCAGAGGUGAUCGGCCGCCCUACCGGUCUUUCAAAGGAAACUUUAGCUCGCGUUGUGGGCCUGACGUUGGAGCAGGUGCUUGCUUCCGAGGCACCGCCUGGUUAUGACCAGCCUAACGGCGAUGGGAGCGCUCCUCCUGCUGCACCCGCCGCGCCUGCUGCCGCUGUGUCUGAAAAGCCAAAGCCAAAACGUGCUUUGCCGUCGGAUGUUGUCGCGAUUGAAGGAAUCACACCAUACCUGCAGGUCUGGAAAAUGCGGGCGCGUGCCGGGCAAAAAUCAGACAUGCGAACUUUCCAAUCGAAGCGUGGCCAGGGCAAGCUGUUCAACGUCACCUUCAUCGACGAGACCGGCGAGAUUCGCGCCACUUUUUUCAACGAAGAUGCAGAUAAGUUCUAUGACCUUAUUCGCGAUGGUUCAGUGUACUAUGUUUCGAAAGCUCGAGUCAGCACCGCCAAACGUCAGUUUUCCAACGUUAACAACGAUUUUGAAAUUAUGGCUGACAGCAACACAGUAAUUGAGCCAUGCAGUGAUGACGAGAUUGAGGUGCCUGCUAUGCACUACAACUUUGUCAAGCUCAAGGACUUGCCCCAGGUUGAAAACAACAAGCUUUGUGACGUACUGACGGUGGUUAAGGACAUUUUCGAGACCACUGAUCUGGUGUCGAAGAAGACCUCUCGUCCUUAUUCCAAACGCGACAUUCUGCUUGUUGACGAUAGUGGUGUUGAAACGAGAUGUACUUUGUGGGGUGACGAAGCAAAGUCGUUCGACGUUGAGCCAGGAACGGUAGUCGCCUUCAAGGGGUUGAAGGUUUCCGAUUUUGGAGGCCGAUCGCUCUCUGCUUUACGCACGAGUGGCAUUAGCCCAUCUCCUGAUCUUCGAGAGGCAUAUAAGCUCAAGGGCUGGUACGAUGCCGAGGGCCGUAACAAGGAGUUUGUCAAACAAGAAGUCACAUCCAGCAAUGGCGAAACAAGCCACCGUUACGUGCCUAUCUACAAGAUUAUUGAAGAGAACCUUGGAUCUUCACAGCGAGAAUUCGUCUCUACCAUGGCGUCCAUCCAGUUUGUCUAUCGUCGCGGCUUAACAUACCCUGCUUGUCCGUCGGAAAACUGCAACAAGAAGGUGAUCAUGGAAACGAACCACGAAUGGAGAUGCGAAAAAUGCGACAAAUCAUACCCCGAGCCACAGUAUCGCUAUAUCAUCUCCGUCCGAUUAGCUGAUGGCAUUGCCUCUGACGGUAUUCGGGUCUCUAUUUUUGAUGCACUCGGUCAGAAGCUGCUCGGCAUGCCCGCCAAAGAAAUUCACGAAUAUUCGGAACAAAAUGAUGAAGUUAAUCUAUCAAAGGCUCUCAGUCCCAUCGAGGGAAAGACCUUUACAUUCAGACUUUCCGCGUCCCUCGAGCAGUACGGAGAUAACGAAACCAUCAAGUACCAAGCAAUGGGUAUUACGCCCAUUGAAACCGAAUGUGCCGGCCCUACAAAAUACUUACUAGAAGAGGUUGGUCUAUGA